CACAGACAAGACGUCUGACCAUUCCCGCACCUUCUGCUCCAAUCAUUACCAACCUACCGCCCAUCAAGGCCCGUAAGACCACGUCGAGGCCAGCUACCAAGACCCAAGAGCCAUCCAUUACACCCACCCACUCGCUACUCACCUCAAGCCUUCAGUCCGCCCAACACCCAAACAUACAUCGCCCAUCAUGCCAGAGAAGGAGCAGUUCCGUAUGCGUACAAAGGACGACCCUCUAGGCGUCUUCAAUCUCCUCAAACUCAUCCGCGCAACCGUCCGCCACGGUGAAUUCCAUGCCCUCUUCCUCCUACCACACUUUGUCAUUCCAGUCUAUGGCAUCUACCGUCUCCUCUCCCAAAUGGGCUACUGGCCUGGACCAGAAUGGAACCAACUCGGAGAGCUACUACUUGCGCUUACGCAGGGAUUGGCAAUGGGAGGAGCUAUUGUACUUGGAUAUAUGAGGUGGAGUACAUCGGGACGGGCACUCAUGGGUAGGAGACAGGCGGGGAUUGCCAGUCCUGGUGAGGAGAGGGCGCAGAAGAAGAUUCAGCUCGGAUUUGCAAUCAGCGUGUAUGUGCUGUGGGCAAGUCUGAUCUGGAUCAUCCUGCCACCAGGUGACGGACCCAAGGCUGCCGCCCUCAAGACCACUGCUAGAAGGUGGGGCUUCACACCCACCUACCGUGGAGCUUCCGGCGACACUGGCGGCUUCGUAGAAUAUUUCUGGCCUCCGCAGAGGAAUGGCAUCAUGGACUGGAUCAAAUCCAGGUCAUAAAAGAAGCCAUACAGGAAAUAGCGAAGAAGGAGGAGGAGGAAGAGGCGAAGCUUGGCUCAGCAGAAAGGCUUUCCUUGGUAAUAGUCAGGCGAGCGGCCUUUCUCUGGCUGCCUUGACAUCCUCUUUCUACUGUUACCUCCACCUUCCCUCCUCCUUGGCGCUCUCCUGCGAUUCCACCCCCCUUGGAUUACCCUUGUCUUUACUCUCGAACCCCAACCAUCCUGGUGUACGUACGUUAGAUCAUUCAGCAUUCGCUAAUCACAUUCGCUCUAAGUGUCCUACC